AUGUCUCCUGAUAUCGAUGAUUCUCCCACGCGCUCAUCUCGUACUCAAGCUAGUUGGGGAGCGCUUGUCGUCAUCGCUCUGCUCCGCCUCGAGGAGAGAGUGGAGAUCCCAAUCAACGGCGAUACCUUCAAGGACCUGACGGCCACUGCGAUUACGAUGGCCGGGACGGUUUUCGCGACGGUGUACGGCGCCCUGCUCAUCUGGCUCACGCAAGGACUCGCCCUACGGCGCCUGCUCACCAGUCAGCAAACCCUGACCGCGAUGCACGACGAGUACAACUCCUGGAUCGGUCUUGGAUCCGCCUUGAUGUCCCUUUACUGCCAAACGAGGCUCCGUAGUGCACUGUUCCCCGUCAUCUGCAUCACGAGCUAUCUCGUCGAGGCGGCAAUCCUUCAUAUUACGAUUCCCGCCAUGUUCACGCUGGUGGUCGCCUCUCGAGGGCGCAGCGAAGAGGCGUCGAUUAUACCGGCGUAUCCGAACGCGUAUAAUUGGUUGUAUCCCAAUGACGAGGUAGCCCCGUUGUUGCACACUCUAUUCAGCGACGCGUCUAGCUUGCUGCCAUAUGUCGGUGAUUUGCAGCCGGAGAACACGAUCGGUCUGGCCAAGAGCACAUUGUAUGGUCAACUUCAAUCUCGCGAUGGCGAGGGCACCGCCAUCGUAAACGCGACAACCUUCAAUGUCACCUGCGGGUCGCUGGAUGGAGUGGAGGUAGUGAACGACAUUGUCCAGAAUGGCGAUCAAGUGGUCUGGUAUAACAUUUCGCACGUCUAUCCCGAUGGCUCGAAGCAACACAAUGUCGCAGUCAACUACAUCCAACCCACCAACGCCAUGGCGCUUGGCUUCGCUGAAGAAAUGGCGUCUAAUCGCAGCUUCUACUUGUACGGCAAUUUCGACAUCGAAGACUCGGCGGGCACACUCCUCCCGAACCUUACUCUCAGCAACAGACGUGGCUUGCCCGCGAACAUGUCGCUCAUUGGCUGCGAUCUGUACAGCUACAAUCAUACGGUCCCGGUAGAUGUCUCAUCGCGCGUGGUCGACGAAUCUGCGGUUCCACCGCUGCGCGCAAGCUCGAUCUGGUCUGUAUGGCAGCCCCAAAGCCCCGUCGACCCAGAAGCCUUAGACCUCCUAGACCUGUGGAGUACAGCAGUGUCAACACAGUGCUCUACGACGUACAGUCUAGGAGGCCCGGGUACGAAAUAUCUGGGCUUCAUGGAGAAGUACGCGCUUUACAUCGUUUCGACCCUUGGCAUGGAACUUCCUGGUCGGACUUCGUUGAAUCCUUUAAGGGCACGUGUGCAACUGCAUGAAGUUGAGAAUGCCCUCAGCAAGUUGGCUGCCUCAUACUUCUGGUCCGCGAACCAACACAACUACCACCGAGGAUCGCAACUCGGUGGCCAACUCACGGAAUAUUCACAAAUUUGGGUGUAUGAGCCCGUUCAACGAUUGCAUCUUAAUCUAACGUCGGUCGCGGUGGGACUCGUCACGUCCUUCUUUCUCAUGGUGACCAACGUGCUGCUUGUGCGCCCCCGCGAAUCGCGCUUGAAAGGCGCCGUCGACGUCCUCGACUCCCUCGGCCUGCUGCAAAUCAUUUGGUUCUUGCGUGACCGCCCAGAAGUCCUCGACACCGUAGGCCGCGUCGAAAAUCCGACUGAGGAUGAGCUGCGUCUAGCAGGCCUGUUCGCGGUGCAGCCGAAGGUACACGCGUCGGAUAGUCCAGCGUUCGUGCUGCCACACACGUCCGAGCGGACGACGCCCUCGUACAAAUGGCAAGGGGACUUUGUAUUUCAGCCUGUACCAUUACACUCGCCUGCCUCCGACUGGGGGCCAAGCAAGUCCGAGAUGGACGAAGAUACAGCUAACUCCAUGAUUUCCACCACUAAUGCGGCGGGCCCGACCCGCGCACCACGAUCCCAGUCGAGCUGGAGCUCCUUCCAAGCUGCGGCCGAGCGCUUUCUGACCUCGCUCAAUAACACGAUCAGCCAAGUUCGUUUCCUGCGGAGAUUGUCGUACGCGAUGCAUGGAUUCCUCGUCGGGAUGCACCUUGCGUUGCUCAUCAUUUGCGUCUACCAUCUGGAGGAGGAGGUCGUGAUCCCACUGUCCAGCAGCACGUUUGACGACCUUACCUCGACUGCGAUCACUGUCUCUGGGACUGUCUUCGCCACGGUCUAUGGCGCCCUGCUCAUCUGGCUUACCCAGCGACUUGCUCUGCGGCGACUGUUGACAAGCAAGCAGACGUUAACUGCGAUGCACGACGAGUAUAACUCGUGGAUCGGUCUCGGAUCGGCGCUCAUGACGCUCUACGGUCAGAGCAGGAUACGCAGUGCCCUGGGAUCGAUUGCUUGCAUAGCGAGCUACUUGGUCAACGCCGCGAUCCUUCAUGUGACGAUUCCCGCUAUGUUCACACUCCAGGUCGGGACUUAUCCCCACCCGGCCGAUGUGAGUAGCAUAGCUGCGUAUCCCCACGUCAAUGGCUUGUUGCACACGCAGACCGAGAACUCACACGACGAUGCAUCGGCGCUGGCGAGGGCGCUCUUCAGUGACGCGUCAAGUUUGCUGCCUUACGUCGUUCUUCUCGACUCGGACAAGACAGUCGGGCUGGCGCAAUCAACCAUGUACGACCAGCUGGUGCUCAAUGAGGGCAACAAUACCGUCAACGUCAACGCGACGACCUUCAACGUGACCUGCGGCUCACUCAAUGACUUCAAUGUAGAAAGCCAGAGCAUCUUCAUGGGCGACCAGAUAGCGUUCUACAACAUCUCGCAUGUGUACCCCAACGGUACACAGCAGAACAACGUCAAGGUCAAGUUCAUCCUACCCAACAAUACUAUGGCUCUCGGCUUUCCUGGCCGUGCCUCCGACGACAUGGGCCCCGCAACGAAUCGCAGCUUUUACCUAUACGGCACUUUUGACGUCGAAGACUCCGCCGGGACCGUCUUGCCCAAUGUUACACUGCCAACCAAGCAGGGCACGCCGAUUAACAUGACCAUACUGGGCUGCGAUCUGUAUGCUUACAACCAUACUAUCGACAUCUCGGUCUCAACGCGUCUGCCCUUGGACGGGCAGAUUCCAAACCUGUCCAUCAGUUCGAGUCUGUCGGCUUGGCAGCCUCAAGACCCACCAGCGCCGGGCGACUUGAAUAUUCUAGACCUGUGGAGUACAGCCGUCUCUAAUCAGUUCCAGACAACAUUCACUCUUGGUGGGGCGGAUCAAGACAAGUUGGGCUUCAUGGAAAAGUACAUCAUCUCGUUUCUGGGUCUGAAGCUACCAGGCUGGUCGGAGAUACACGCCUCGCGUGGUCGCGUACAAUUACACAACGUCGAGAAUGCUUUGAGUCGUCUCGUGGCUUCGUAUUUUUGGUCUUUCAAUCAGGUUAAUAACCAAGACCAAUACUCGAUACAGCGCUCGACUAUCAAGACGGUUGUGGUACCAGAGGCCGUGCAACGACUUCAUCUCAACCUGACGCCUGUGGCCGUCGGUCUGGCCGUAUCGUUGCUUCUCAUGGCCACAAACGCGCUCCUGGUACGCCCGCGCGAGUCUCGAACCGUGGGCGCCGUCGAUGUCCUAGACUCGCUCGGCCUUCUCCAACUUAUCUGGUUCGUGCGCGGCCGACCAGAAGUUCUCAGAAGGAUUGGUCGUGUCGAGCAUCCGAACGAGGACGACCUGCGUCUCGCGGGCAUGUUUGUCAUACAACCCGACGUACGAGCAUCGCUUUGCCCACCUGGUGGAGAAGCCGUGCUGACGCUUUCGCCUAUGUCGUCCGAGCCGUCGACCCCUACAUACAAGUGGCGAGAAGAGGAUACGCAGCUAUCACCAUUGCCGUCCCCUUCGACAGAAUGGACACCUCACAAAGAAUACGACGAGCCUGGUCACUACUAG